CGAUGACUUUGGUUGCACUUUCAUCGUGAACCCGGAUUGAGUACACAGAGUGGGAAAGUGCAAUCCAUUAAAAGUCAAAGAGGGUACAAGCAAAGGACGCAAAACAAAAACCAAAUCGGACCUUAGCCUUUCCAAUCCUGGUCUCAAAUACGCCCACGAUCAACUCUGCCAUCUACUUUCACUAGCACAUCUUAGCACAAGCAAUAUCAUACCAACCCUCCUCUCGCAUCGGGGUUCAUACCCAUUUCAUCAUCAUGUCAUACCCUAACGAUCAAGCUCAAAUGAAUGCAAAUUCGUCCGGCAUGCAUUCACACUCUUACUCAUAUUCCCAUCACGCCAAUCAAUCAAUCAAUUCCGGAAAAGGAUCAAUGUCUUCCGCCAUGAUGCACAACAAUCCAUCAAACACUUCAACCGGAGGAACAAUUGGAGGAGUAUAUUCUAUCGGAUCAUCUUCCAUACAAGAAAAGUCUGCUUAUGCUACCGGCCAAAGACAGAGCUUGAGCUCUUUGGUAGUCGAUGGAGGUAGCAGCUUGAAUGGUGCGGGAGCAGUCGGGGCAGGAGCAAGCAUCGCUACCGGCAAUACGGGAACAUCAUUUCAAACUGGAAACAACACAAGCCAAACUUUAAUUGCUAGCAUAGUCGAAAGGCUAGACAAACGGCUUCCUCAUUUAACGGGAGAAACUCUUGUUGCAAUGGAGCGUGAUGAAUUGAUACGUUCAAGUGUGGCCAAUCUGGUAAGCCAUAGCCGAUUUCAAAUCUCAAUCGUCUUGCGUGAGAUUCUACAAAGACUUGAAUCGCUCAACAAAACAUCACAGACCAUCGCAGAUGACAGGCUAGGCUUGCAAUUGAUGCAAUCACAAUUGUUCAUGUUGGAAGUUCUUGUAUCGUGUCUCAUACGGUCAUGGAAAGCGUCUAUUCAAGAAGAUCCCACUCAGAAAGCAAACUUCGGCGAAAAUGAAGCUGAUCCGAUUCGACGCGGCUGGAAAGAUCCCCCGCCUUUGGAUGACGCUUUGGCGAAACAGGUUAUGGCAGUGAUGACAUUUUAUCUACGGCAGAUGUCCAUUCGCGAAGAUCUCAGUACUACUGUACAUUCGACAGAAGGAAGAGGAGCAGCUGCGCUCGAGAAAUUGAAGGGUAAAGAAGAUGAUACCGAAGGGUCAGUGGAAUCUACAUUGCUCCUCAAUCUAUGUCUUUCACAUGGGACAGGCUUGUUUGUCCUUCAUCCUUCCUUUCCUGCCGAACGACCUCCGUUCGAGAUCGAUGAGAAGAGCGACAAUACCCAGUUGCCCUCCUUCAUUCCCAAUGCAUCUCAAAGUGUCAUUUCGCCCCAAUUUGUCAACGAAGUUGAUCAAUCGGAGAAUGCGUCGCUCUAUGCUCAAAACAUAUACAGGCAAGCAGCGCAAGUGAUCUUCUUCAUCAGCUCAAGUAAUUGGCCUGUGGUCUUUGCUAGGAUACGGAAUCGAUUGACGUACCUAAGCACGACCUCCGAAGAAGCUCCCAAUACAACAGAGUUGAGAUUGAUUGAAUGCUCGAAUUUACAGCGCAGUCGAUUGAAUGCCGUCUUGCAGGAACUUUGCAAUUCAUUCACACAUCUCAAAAAGCCGGCUCAACAAAUGUUAGCUCAAGCUCUGCGAAGAGGCAUCUGGGCCUGGAUUCAAUACAAUCCUUCAGAGUUUGCCUUUAUCCACAGCUCACAAAAACGCUUAGAAGGCGGGGCUGACGUCUUAUUCGAUCACGUAUAUCCACUGGCCGAAUCCACGAAAAAGAAGCAUGCUUUUUGGCCUAUGUUGACGUCGCUUUUGCUCUUGUGCCCAGACGCAAUCAACAAAAUUGCACAUGGCGAUGUACGCAAGAGCAGCAAUAUUGGAAAAAAGGGCGCUUUCCUCGAUGCUAUUCGCAAAGGUCUGCGUAAUAGCAAAUUGAACGACAUUUCGGCUGUUUGUUGCAUCGAUAUCUGCAAAGCAGCCUCUUGUACCACACUUGCCGACGCUGGACUUCGAAUUAUCGCAAAUGACAUCGAAGCAGAUUUACAAGAGCGCAUCUUUGACAACAGAAAAUUUGCCAGUAUCUCAUCUCAAUCAAUCGAUACUGCUCUGAUGAUUGAUGCAUUCGUUGCUUUCUUCCGUCUGGAUCCUCAAAGAAUUGUGCGAGAUUUGGCGCAUCAAUUGAUGAAUGACGGUCAGCCCAUCGCAUGCAAAAUCGUUUUGGUAAAAUCCAUGGUACAACUUGCCAGUGAACAAAGACAUCUUCCUUGGCAUCCGGAGAUCACGCUCUUGUAUCCUCACAUCAGCGUCUCUUUGCGUGCCACAUUCAAAGAUUUGGUUUAUAAGUUGCGCAAAGGGGAACCUGAUACCAUCGCAAGAAGGGGCAAGCAAAAGUUUUCGAUGCAAGAUGAAAGUGCGGCCAGACUGGAGCUGUUGUCGUCCAUCUUACAACUUUGGGGUAUCGAUCUGAAUGCAUCUAUGUACGGAUUGAGAGAAGAUGGAGCGACGCAUUUCUCUUCAUUGGCCAAAGGAGGAAGCGUCUUUGACGAUGAAACCAUUUUCCGCAAUGCAGUUCAAAUCGAUAAUAUGCUUUCGCUUUUGUACGCAAUCACCCGUUCAACGCUUUCGAAUGACUUGUGGUUUAUGCACGCUCGUUCAAGCGAUGUUAUUGAUCAAGGGCUCAACUCGCUCAUCACCAACAGGACAGGAAAGAGUAUUGAGGCUUCGUUGGCGAUCACUACCGACUUCAGCAGACACUUGGCCGAGAACUUAGCUUCUUCCAGCUCGCCUGUCGCACAACGGCAUUGGCUACCUCUCCUUCAAGCUGCUCUAGCCAGAAAGAUUAUUCUUUAUAGCAGAGCGGAAGCGAGAAGCUUCAAUGACGAUCCUGCAACACGACCUUACCUACCCAGCGUUCGAGAGAUUGAGAUGGAACAAGAAACGCUAGAAAGAGCACUUUUGCUUACGAUCUGUUCUGUUGAGACAAGUAUUUGCUCUGCUGGUUUACGUUCUUGUGCUCUUUUGGCAAAGUAUAGAAGAACGGCAACACCUUUGUAUACGUUUAGCGAAGAUUGGACGAAGUUGUACGAGGAACUUGGAAGUCUCAAUACGGGUCAGCCUGGGAGAAUUGCACAGCAGAAGCGCAUCGGUGCUUGUUUGAGAGAUGCACCUUUCUGUUCCCAUGCGAUCGUUCAAGCUUGGCGAGAGGCUUAUGAAAGAUGGGGUGCGUUGACAUUGGUCGUUGCUCGGCCUUUGGUUGCUGAUGCAACGAAUGAUAGUGCGCAAGACAAGGCAGCUCAAUGGCAUAACUUUGCCGGCUUCUUGGCAUCGCUUGGAGGCGCAUGUGCUCUUGAAAGUUGGCCAUCAGUAGAACACGGCUCGGCAGGUGGCAAUGGAAAAGAUUCACCUCUCCAAUUGAUCGAAACCUUUGUGCAAGAAAUGGUGGAUCUGCUCGUCUCUGAUUCGAUCUGGGUACGCGAAAAGGUGAAAGAGACAUUGGGUUCAGAUACCUCGCCCAGACUGAACGGUGUUCUAUUGCGAAUGAUUCAUUCAGUUUUAAGCGACUUCUUCGAUAAAGCAACCGGCCAGCCUCGCCCAAGUGACGUUUACACAGUCUUUGUCGAGCACUCCAUCACUGUUAUUCAAAUGGUCUUGGGCAGAAUGACGGAGCCGAAUGAAUCAACAAUCAAUGUAGAUGUCGGUGCCUUGAUGGUACUAUAUGUCGAAUAUCUGAACGCAAUUACUAAGCGCGAACAAGCCGCACGCAUUCGCACAUCCAUGUGCUUGCUAUGCGAAAGCUUUAUGGAGAAGAAAGCAUUCUUUACUUUUGCCAACGAAGUUCGGGUCAGAAACCGACUUUUCCAAGUGCUGUCCGGAUGGACAACUGAAUCAAUCGACGAAUCACAGCCAUCUGAAAAAAUUGAGCGCUUGCAACGAGAAUUGGACAUUGUCUGUUUACGAACUAUGUCGAUCCUCUUGGACAAGUUACCACUGCUCUUGCCUGAAGAUACCCCACUUUUGGAUGAAACAGUAGAAUGGGCAAAAUCCCGUCAAUUUUCAACGUACUUUUCCUACUUUAUCAAAGUGCUCAAUCGAGCUAAAGCAGUUGAAGAUGUCUCUCCAGAUGAAUACGGAACUGCUUCCUCUUUACGCAGCCGAGAUGGAGGGUUACGUGAUGUUGUCAGACUCAAGAGGUCUGCUAUUCUGGCCUUGUCGAAUUUGCUAGCAUCCAAUAUUGAGAUGGGUCUACAUCAAUCGCUGCCUUUGGCUUAUCAAGAAGACGUUCAAUUGCGCUCGGCGUUCAUGCAGAUCAUGACAAACGUUCUCAAUCAGGGAACAGCAUUCGAUCAAUUGGAACGAUUGACAGCUACUCAAAAGCCGAAUAAAUUGGUGGACUUGAUUUGUGAGCCGGACUUGCAACUUGCGCUAUCGAUCUGUAAUGUUUGCAAAGGCUACGACGAUGGCGGGAUGGACUGCAUCUUACUCAACAUCUUUGAUAGUCGCGGUGGAAUCAUUCGAUUCUUGAAAUCGGCUAUGCGCGAAGAAAUUGAUCGAACACAAUCCGAAGAGAUGGUCUUCCGGUCCAACACAUUCCGAACGCAUCUUUUGUCCACCUUUGGACGUACUCAUGGGUAUGAGUAUUUGCGCACAAUCAUCGCCCCUUUGAUCAAUGAAAUGGCAAACAAACCUCGUGGAUACUCUUUUGAGAUUGAUUCACAAAAGCUUGAUCAAGGUGAAAAUGUGGUGGUGAAUCAGCAUAGAUUGGAAGAAAUGGCACAAGCUUUCAUCGAUCAGAUCUGUUCAAGUGCACAUCGUGUCCCAGCGGUAUUGCGAGAAUUGUGCCGGCAUAUUCGACAAUUGAUGGAUCGAAGAUUCCCUGCUUCACGAUAUCAGGGUGUUGGCGGUUUUAUCUUCUUGCGAUUUAUCAAUCCGGCAGUGGUGGCACCUCAAAUCAUUGAUGUGAAUGUGACCAAUGCAAGCAAAGAGUUGCGUCGUGGUCUACUCCUGAUCAGCAAAAUCUUACAAACAUUAGCCAGCAAUACCCUCUUCCCGCAACAUAAGGAACCGUUUAUGACCAGUCUCAACGACUUUUUGAAGCGAAACGUAUGGAAGAUUACCACAUUCUUGGACCAAGUAUCUGAUUCACGCACAGAUCCCGAACGAUUGUCAGCAGCAGAUCAACCUUUGGGCUUUGGUAUUCAUCCGUUCGGCUAUGGUAUCGACAAUGAAGAUCAAACGACAUUGCAUCGCUUUAUUUACGAGAGUAUGGAUAAGAUUGGCAAGGAACUCUUAACCAGAACGCCAACAAACCCACAAAAUGGCGAAUCUGUUUCAGCUGGAACAGCAUCAACAAGUCCCGCACCUUCGGUCAACGGAAAGCGGUCGACUGAUGGAUCUGACUCGCCCUCUCUGCCUUCAGGUGAUGGCAAGAAGAUCUACGAGCAACUUUGCAUGGUGCUGGCCGAACUUGGUGAUUGCAAAUCCGUUGAGGAAAAUAUGACGGGGAUGGGAACAGAAGCAAACAAUCGACAGACUUUGCAAGAUUUCAUGCGCAAAUUCCAAGGAAAGAAUGUUGACAAUGAGGUCUAUCGACAAUUGUUCCGCGAAGGCCCACCGAGCAAAGCUGGAAGACCAGUUUUCUACUUCACCAUCAGCCACCUUGCUUCACAAACAUUCGAUUUUGAGUCAUUCAUUUGUUAUUUGAUGACAACCUUGCAAAGCGUUUUGAAUCAGCCGUACGACUUGGUGAUCGAUCACACAUCAGCUACGCCUGCCAACAUGAUCCCGCUUCAAUGGAUGAAUUAUUUCGCCACAAUGGUACCGCCUGAAUUGGCGUCAAAUCUUCGUACUUGCAUCAGCUUCAACGUCAAUACCGCUUGUCAGCUCUGGUGCCGACCAUGGAGAGCGCAAAAGGAACGAGUUGCCAGCGCACCUCGCAACACGAUUGUUCACAAUGUGCAGUCUAAUCUAGCCAUAUACAUUUGCCGGUCUUUGUCCGAUUUGGAGGUACAUAUCGACAGACGCAAUAUCGCCUUGGACGCUAGUACGGUCGCAAUCAGUACUGCCAAGGAAGAAGCAAGCUUUGACCAAAUUACCAUGGUAUGGUAUUACCGAUCUCUAAUUCCAGUGACGUUCAAACUGAGUGAGAGUCAUUUGCAAAUACAAAGCUUGAAGAACCAAACUCUUCUGCAAGGAGUUACAGGCUUGAUGAAUGAAGUAUUCCAUUUAGCGGAUAUUGAUGACGUUCGAGCAAUCGCAAUCCGGGGAGAUGAUAAUACCUUCUUUGUGACAUGUCGUGGUGGAUCAGCAUCGUUCUUAUUCAAUUCUCCGAACAGAGGUGAAAUUGUACAAGCUUUGCGACAAGCAAGGGCAAGAGUUUCCCGAUACGAUAGCCCAGCAAGCCGAACAGAGAUCAAUCGAACACUCUUGCCAAGCGAUGUGCCAGGAACGUUGCUAAAUAUGGCCAUGUUGAACAUCAUGUCGCGAGAUAUGCAACUGCGAACAAGUGCGUACGAUCUAUUGUGUGCUUUAUCGUCGAGCUUCAAUUUUGGCGAGAGCAAAGCAAGAAAACGUUUGUUGAGCGCCAAAGGCAUUGCAUUAUCUGCAAACACGAUGACAUUUGUUGCAGAAUUGAGCAAAGACUUCUCUGUUGCAGCGCCUGGGGUUACUUUGGAAUUCCUACUGUCCUUCUUUGAGGGCUUUGAGCGUUCUCCUACAUCACAAAAGAUCAUGUGUUUGCAAUAUAUGGCGCCGUGGCUAUCGAAUUUGGUUAUGUUUGUGCAUACUGGACGGGAACAGCAACGUGAAUAUCAGAAACGCAUCAAAGAGAUCUUUGCCCAACUGAUCGCAAUCACAGUGAAGGAAAGCGAUAUGUAUGCGGUCAUGCAGCGUACAGUCUGGCCUCUAUUCAGCAAGCUUGACGAUUUGGUUCCUAUCAUUUUGGAUGUCUUUUCAGAAGCUGCAAUGGAUUCAGGCUUGCACACAGAACGAUUUGAGGCAGUAUUGGAUACUAUGGUCUCCUUUUCAUCUAUCAACUUGCGCGGUAAGUUGUUGGCAAAACUACGUCGAGCAAUCGCAAAGACGUCUCAAAAUGCCACAGCUGGACAAUUACAUGAGAAUCCGGCCUGGAAGGAAAUCGCCACAUUGAUGCGAAUGAAUAUGGUCCUUUCGUUCAGCGGCAAGCUUGAGACUCAACUUUACUUGCCUGAAUUGCUUCACGUCACUCUGUUGCUAGCUGGUAUAGGAGAAAAUGCGACCAGAUUUGCUGUGCACGGAACAGUGGUCAAUCUUCUUCACUCUUUGUGCACCGAGAAUGCAGUAUUACGUGAUCAGAAGAACAUCGUUGCUGCUUCAACAACACCAGCACGUAAAGGAGAAGAAAGUGAUGUCGAAUCUCCAUUGGUGGGAAAAUCGACCAGUGAGGCAACGACGAAAAUGGAAUCUCUCUUGCAUCAAUUGUCCGACAAUGAUUGCCUAGCGUUGUUUGGUUUGCCUCCUGCCGACGGCGCUUUGCUCGCUGUCACAUCGGAUUCAUCUCCAACAGCCAUCCGAGACAGCCCCAACAAUGACGAGAUCGGUAAAUUGGCCAUGAUGCUAUACGGUAUCACUGAUUUGGCUGCUCCUACCAUCGAUACAGCAAACGCUUGGCGUGCAAGAAUGACGAGCUUGGUGACCAGCAAGGCAUUCCAAUACAAUCCACUCAUUCAAGCACGGGCAUUCAUUUUAUUAGGAUGUUUGGCUGAUUUGACUGGAUCGAUGCUUGAAGCUCAACUAAAGAACGUCUUAUCGCCACAAGAUUCAGCGGCAACCAUUCUAGCAUUCGAGGUGGAUGAUGAUCUACUCUAUCAAAUCUUGGUAUCACUUCGUGGAAGUAUUCUUGAAUGGUCUUCGAUAGGAAAUGAUUCGCCGAUUGUGAGCAUUGUGACAUGUUUGAGCAAGGUGGUUCGCAUUUUACCAGAUCAAUCACGCUAUUUGGCUCAAAUGUUCUGGUUGGGUGUGUCGAUCAUUCAAUAUGGACACAUUCCUCUUUUCAAGUCUGGUGUUGAUUUGAUGAACGCAACGGUGAAGUCAAUCUGUUCGAGAAAAUUACCAGAAAAAUACAAGACAGAUUUGAUCAGCUUUUUGCUCGAUGGGCGAUACGAUUUCCGAGAAUCAGCUUGUCGGUUAGACGAUGAAACGGGUGUUGAUUUUGAGAUCAAUUUCGGAUUCGGUAUUGCAGCUUUGUUGGUCAAGGGUUUGAGACAUCCGUCUACGUGCGAUGCAACGAUUGACCUUUUGCAGACCAUGUUACGCAAUAUGGCUACCGAUGCUGAUGGAAAGCUUUUAUCGUUGAGCGGAAGAAUUUCGAUUGAACAACUUGGAAUCUUCAUCGCACUAUUACCUACUGCUACUAAACCAGAGGAAUUCGGCAAGCUGCUAACAAUGGCAGGUGUUCCUGAGAUCACAGCAACCCAAGCUGUAGAACAACGCAAGAACAGUAACUUCUACCCUAUGCUUUCUUCCAACAAACAAAAGGACGUGGGAAUCACCUCGACGACAUCGCCAAAUUCUUCGCCUGAAGGAGAGAGUAGCAUCGGUCUUUUCAAAUACCUUGCACCGAUGGAGAACAAUAUCGCUUUGUUAGUCGUCACUCUGUUAUCCGCCCUGUUGCAACAAAGCAGUGUAUCCGAUGCAGAGAGACAAUUGCUAUUCAACUUUUUGGCCGAUAGUGCACGUCAAGUUCCGGCAAUAGUUUCAAUCUUGUACGACUUCUUAUUGCCAAGCAUGAGAGAAGUGUAUUUGAACAGUCAAAAUGAAUUGAUCGUUCGAUCGGUUGAUACGAUUGCUCAAAUUGCAACAUCCGAACCAAUCUUCCAAUUACAAGUGCAAGAAACCAAGAGGAGAGGAGGAGCAGAAGCUUACUUGGACGAAAGUGGAUAUGCUUGCCUUUUGGAUUGCGGUAGCUUUAUUCCAUUGAAAGAAGCAAGAAGGGUUGCUUUGGCUAAAUUAUCUGCUGCUUUAUUGAGCGGAUUGAUCGAUGCAGGUACUGCAUAAACACAUGGAUUCCAACACUAGACUUCUUCAAUGCAUUCUCAAUACCCUUUCAUCCAACAUUUUCUCUCUAUUGCUACUCUUUUAUGAAUUGUGUGUACACUAUCAAUUGUCCC